CUUUUCUCGUCAGUUCGAACCCCUCCAAGAAAAAGAAACUUACUUUCCCACUCAGUUCGUUCUCUCUUUAUUCAUCUUCUCUGUUUUCAGUUCGUUGCUCGUUUACUAAAGUUGUAAAACUCGAAAACCAGAACCACUAAUUUAUUCAAGACUCCGGAUUCGGCACUCUGCUCACUCUUCGGCUUUUUGUUGUUAGAAAUAAGUAGGAAAAAUAGAAAGCACAAACCGCGCGAAAUAGUAGUGGAAGCGAAAAAGAAAAUAGCCGCACAGACAAAGAAUAGAACGCGCACGCGCCUGCUUUUGGGGUUUCGGCGCUUUCCGCUGCCUUUGCAGGGCGCUGCCUUUGCAUUACAAAGCUGGGGCCUUUGGCCUAGUGAAACUAACAACGCGGCCAGUGGAUCGACCGGUUGGGGACGGGGGAAGAGGACAGGGCCGGCCAGCCGGAUUCCGCCGGUGAUGUGGUUGAGUUCUCAUCCGGCCGGCGGCCGGAUAAGAACUCAACCGCGAAGUUCCAGAUUUAGUUUGUUACCUCACUCCAAGCAAAAAGAAAGAGGGCGCAUUGGCUUUUUCUGGAUCUGGCGCUCGGGGAAGAGCCCGAAGCUCGCUUCUCGUUGCUGUUUCCGCCCCGGGGAGAAGCCAAAGCUGUCCGAUUCAGUACGCAAAAAGCGAGUCGCUUGGCUUCUUCCGGACCUGGUCCUCCGAAAAGUUGCCAAAGCUCUGUGGUUUUGUACAGCAGGAGGCGUCUCGGCCUUUUUAGCUUUUUCCGACUCUGGCUCUUUAGAGAAGCCAGAAGGUGGUCGCUGCCGGCUUUUUCCACAUUGCCGGCUUUUUCCACAUGUAGUUCCUCCGAGAGAGGCCAAAGGCAGCCACUUUACUGGAGUUUGGAGACUCUUUAAGGCCAAGCAUCGUAAAGCUUCGCGCCCAAUCUAA